GCCCCGCGCCCGCCUCAGACCUCUCUGGGACCCGCCGGCCUGGCGUCCUGGCCCGCCCGAGCCCCACGGUCCCUCGGGUCCUAACCUCGGCGGGGCAGGCACCUCCUCAGGAAGCCCCAGAGCAGGCUGUCGUUGUAUAGGUGGCCCAGGCUGGCGGCCCCUGACCGAAGGUCGCGUCGGGUCAGUGUGCAGCCCGUGGCUGAGAGGCGGCUGCUGAGGGGCCGGGCGGGCUAGGGGCCGGCUAGCCGCCGUUCGCCCCUGCUUUGCAUAUUCAUGAAGUCUAGCGAGGCCGGUCGCCCCGGCUAGCCGUGGACGGGUCAUGAAUUAUUCAUGAGGAAGCCUCUGGUCCCGCCCAGAAAGGCCUCGUUGACUAUUCAUGAGCCGAGGAGCCGGUUUGGGCCGGAAAAGGCCGUUGACCCCCGGUGGGAGGGAAGCGUCGACGAGCUGAGGUUGGACUUGUUGAAAUAAUCCUGAUACAUUCCUACAAUGGCCACUGCUCAGCUUUCUCACUGCAUCACAAUACACAAGGCAUCUAAGGAAACAGUUUUCCCAUCCCAAAUCACUAAUGAGCAUGAGUCACUGAAAAUGGUGAAGAAACUUUUUGCUACUUCCAUCUCAUGUAUAACAUACCUAAGGGGCCUGUUUCCAGAGAGCUCUUAUGGAGAACGCCAUUUGGAUGACCUCAGUUUAAAAAUCCUCCGAGAAGAUAAAAAAUGUCCCGGGUCACUGCAUAUUAUCAGAUGGAUUCAAGGUUGUUUUGAUGCUUUGGAAAAGAGAUACCUACGUAUGGCAGUACUGACACUUUACACAGAUCCCAUGGGAUCUGAGAAAGUGACUGAGAUGUACCAGUUCAAAUUCAAAUACAGGAAAGAAGGAGCCACUAUGGAUUUUGACAGUCAUAGCAGCAGUACAAGCUUUGAAAGUGGAACAAACAAUGAAGAUAUUAAGAAAGCCAGUGUUCUACUGAUCCGUAAAUUGUAUAUACUGAUGCAGGACCUUGAGCCACUUCCUAAUAAUGUUGUACUUACUAUGAAACUCCACUACUAUAAUGCAGUGACCCCACAUGAUUACCAACCCCUCGGUUUUAAAGAAGGGGUAAAUUCACACUUCCUGCUGUUUGACAAGGAGCCUAUCAACGUGCAAGUGGGAUUUGUCUCCACUGGCUUUCAUAGCAUGAAAGUAAAAGUCAUGACAGAGGCUACAAAAGUGAUUGAUUUGGAGAACAAUCUGUUUCGGGAGAACAGCACUACUGAGAUCGCCCAUCAGGGUCUAGACUGUGAUGAGGAAGAAGAAUGCAAUGACCAUAUUCAAAGAAUGAAUUUUGUGUGCAGUCAGCAAAGUUCUGAGUGCUCCAGGAAGAAGAGGAAGUAAUUUCAGGGCACCAUCUUCUCCUGCCUGGAUUACUGCAGCAGCCUCCAGACCACAAAAUUUUCUCUGCAGUUCAAGUACAUUUCAUUUACCAUCUUGCAGAUGGUAAGACAUGUUUACAAGUCAGCUGGCUUCUGAAUGUGUCUUCUGGGCAUUGAAUUCCCUCAACUACUUUCAUCUUACAGCUUCAGCCACUACCCCUAGCACGGUUAUCUCUUGCAGUUACUGGUGUAACUUUCGAUGGCACUAUGAAGUCCCCAUUGGCACCUGUUUGUGCCUCUCGGCCAAACCCCUGCUAAGGGGGUGACAGGGGCAGCAUGCUCCAGUAAGGUUGAAGCACUCUUCUCAUGGAGGCUCACCCAAGAGGGAAAGAAAAGCAGAAGGAAAUGAGGGAAGGAAAGGUGGAGGCUAGAAAGACACUUUGGAAACUGUGAAAGUGGCCCUGAGCUCACAUGAAAUGCAAGCCAGCAAAAGUGUUGAGAUUGGAAACUUUAAUGUGGCCCUUUUGAGAGAACAGCUGUAGCACUGCAAUUUCCUAGAAAUCUGGAUGGACACAUUUAAAGAGAGUGAAGCACUGAAUGGAAAUAACUAGAAAAGACGCUUCCUCCUGAGCUCUGAAUGUCCUAUCGUGGAGGAGUUACAAGAAAGAGCAAAGCUAAUAGCCAACUGAAAACCCACAUGUUGUACAUUUAAGGUGAUAGCUGGGAACCCAGAUUCUAUUUUUAGUCAAAAAAGUGGGGGGAACAUGCAUGAAUUGCUAUGAGCAAGAAAGGCCAGCAAGGAAAGAGAGAGAAACAAGGGAGGAGAGGCCAGUGCCAGCUUUCAGGACUGACAUUAUGGUGAUUUUUCUUUCCCUGCUCUGAGAAGUUGAUCUGGUGGUCCUAAGUUCCUGGCAUUGGGCAAUUUUCCAAAAGUUUGGGGAAGUUACUCAUGAAGAAGAAGCCAACUCCAGACAGCUCGUCGGGAAAUGUGGAGAGUCAGUGCCUGGGUGGUUUUCAUACUAAUCCAGGAUUUAUUAAAGCUCAGAAAGCAAGCAGCAGAGAAGGUUUUUAUAAUGAGACAUUUUGCAAAUAGAGUCAUCAGCAUUUUUUGAUAGAAAAGAAAGUUUCUCUCUGAAACUUUCUGAAGGAGGUGGCUGGCUUGGGAGGAUGGGAAGAGGAGGGGGGCUCCUUCUAUGAGUGCUGUGGCAGGUGGGGGACUCCAGCAGUGGGAGACUCAUUCCUUUCUCAGUCCCCUCCCCUUCAGGGUACAAAGUUUUUAUUUGCAGUUGGGAGGAAUUAGAGUCAAUGAUCUAAUAGAGCUAACUUUUUCCUCUCAAUAUGGUAUGAUGUGGCAUUGGUAGCUCUGCCAGAUACUGAUGCUACCAAGGGAACUUCAGUGCAGGUGGACUUCACGUUAUUACAUUGACUUAUUCUUCCAAAGUUACAUAGAAACUAAAUUGUUUUAAAUCUACACAAGUAGUUAAAGAAGCCCUACUGGAAAUCUUUUGUAAAUCUAAAUAUGCAUCUGAAAGGCGAGUAAACACUUCCAAAAAUAUUUUGCUUGUAGCUCUGAAUUUUGAUUUGUGUCCUUUGCUGCCGGAACAUUCAAGAUGUAUAAAUGUUGUGGUGUAGAUUAAUCAUCUGCCCAUACCCACCUUGAUUUUCCAGAAUUUUAUAUUAAGCAGAUUGGUUUCCCAUCAUGUAAAAAAAAAAAAUCCAAUAAUUCUGCAGCUUCUUUGGGACUUUAUAAUUUUUUACUUAAAACAACAACCAAAAAAUUUUGUUAUUUCCAAACACACUAGAAGACCACAUCCAUCUAGCCCUUGAGCACAGCAUUGGCCAAAGUUUGAAUGAGGGGCUAGGCCCUGAGCAUAAGUUGAUGCUGAUUGUCAGUGGUCAACUCAAUGUACAUACCUUCUUGGGAAUGGGUUCUGUGCAAGGCACUGGCUGGGUCCGAUGAAAGGAAGUCCUGAACUGUUCAGACAGCCCAUCUGAUGCAGCAGCAAUAAGCCCUGAAGAGGAAUAGGGUUAACAAAUACCAACAGUUUAACGCAUACCUCAGAGCAGAGAGAGAGGUCUAGCAUGGUGAGGGAAAGUUUCAAGGAGGGAGUGAAUUUUGAGCUGGAUCUUGAGGGGAGGUCAGGGUUUGUAUACAUAGAGUCAGGCAGGAAGAGCAUCUCCUACUAAGAGGAACAGAGGAGUGACUGCUCAGAGGUGUGAGGAUUGAAGGGGGUUUGGUGAUAGAAAAUGGACCAGUGUGGCAGGAUUUCCAUAAAGGAAAUCCUGGAAAAGUUUCAGAACAAAUUUUGAAUUAAGGGUUUGCAAACACUUAUGCGAAAACAAUAAUUGCUAAGAGUCAAGCAUGGGUGCACUAAGAACUAGUCACUUCCUGUUUUUUAUAAGGUUACUAGACUGUUAAACUAGAGGAUGUUGUCCAAGGGAUUCUUGUGAUUGGCUGGAAUUUGGUCUUUUUCUAAUGUAAAGUUUUAUUGUUCUGUGUAAGAGUAGAACUCAACUGUGUUGAGUUCCAUUAUGCCACUCCUUGCAGCAAGGUAUCUGACAUAGGCUCUGUGACAUUCUUGGUAGGGCUGUGGUCUGUGUAAGUCAACAUUCAUCCCCAGAGGUGAUGGAUCAAUGGCAGGAUAGAGGAUGGUUUCCGUACUAUAACAGGGCUUGAUGUUUGGCCCAUUUCAUUUUUCCAUCUUCAUUAUUGUUUGCCAAUGACAUAAGGAAACAUACAGGCACACAGGUUACAUUAUCAGAGUUCCAGAUAAUAUGAAACUGGAAGAGAUAAAUAAACGUAUUCAUUGGUAUAUCAAAAAAGAUCUUCUGAGGCUAAAAUGAUAGACUGAAAAAAGCAGCUGAAAUACAAUAGUUAUAAAUGCAAAAUACUGUAUCUAGGGUCAAAAAAUCAACUUCUCGAAAAGCAGAUGGAGAAAUAUGUCUUAACCACACUUGAUGUGAAAAGAGACCGAGGCCUUUUAGUUUACCACAAUAUGACCUAACAGUGUAAUGCACUUGGCAAAAGAAGGCUAUAUUUAGU